AUGGAUGGUGAUCAUUUUAACCCUGAUUACUACAAAUAUCUUUUGUCCUCCUUAACACUUAACUCCAGAGCUAUAAUAACAGAACUAACAACUGCUGCUGAAAAGUUCUCCGAUAACGCUGAAGACAUUGUUGUCCUCAUAGAGGAAAGGAUCAAAAAAUGUCUACCACAACAUAAGCUCUUUUCAAUCUAUUUAUUAGAUUCGAUUUGCAAGAACAUAGGUAAUCCUUACAACUUAAUCUUUAGCUCCAAGUUGUAUAAGAUCUUUACAGAUAGCUAUUUGGUGGUCACAGACACUCCGACGAGGCAACUGCUCAUUGAAUUAUUCAAGACAUGGUCUAGAGCCAAAACCAGUGCUGGUGUUAAUCUUUUUCCAGCAGAUGUAAUUAGUAAGAUAGAAAAAUUCAUUAUUAAGGCUACUUCCUUACAGGACCAGCAGUCUCUUUUGCAAUCACAAGGAGGAUCAGUUGGUGCAAACGGAAGUGGAGCGGCCACAACACAUUAUCUUACACCAGAUAUGUUGCUAAGGGAAGGUAAUUGCCUCUUGCAGUAUAUCAUUGCAUUGAACACCGAGCUUGAUAAAUACCCUGUCAAUGAGAAGAUGGAGAGAUUCCAGUUGAAGCAAGACUCAAUAAGAAAUCCUAUCAUUCUGCAAAUCAACUAUAUUAGCGAGUCGAUCAUGGCUACAGGUAAGCUGAAAGCAUUUGAUAUGAAGUCUCAUGCAUUUCAUAAUGAGUUGUUAGGGUUUAGAAAAGUACUAGACGAACAAGUAAUUGUGCAAAGACAAUUCCUAAAGGAUACUUACAGCAACGCAAAUAAGCUAUCCCAGCAACCAUUAGCGACAGGGCAACAGGAGAACAUUAAAAUCAGCUUCGCUCAACCAGAUAUCAAGCUUUUUGCUAGUUGGAAACUAGAGAUUUCGGAAGAUUCAAACUUGGAGGAGUUAGUCAGGACAUGGGGUAAGGUUGUGAGUGAAAAGGUACUGUUAGUAGAGUCAACGCCUGUAAUACAAAUCAAAGAACCACUGCCGCCUGCUGGAGAAAUGGAGAGGGAUGCUAUACCAUUACCAGAAGAAGCUGGAUCCGCUGCGAAUGCACUUGGAAUGAACUUCAAUUCCUUGAAUUUUAUGGAUUCCAUGCUUUCUUCUAGCACGUCCGAGCCUUAUAUUAGCCCUGAAGCAGAUAGAAGUCCAGAAAGAGGUAGAAGUGAGAGUGAAAGUGAGAGUGAAGACGGAGAGAGUGCUGGAGAAGCCGAUAUUGCAUUAUACAACCCUCAGGAUGUGACCAACGAAUCGUUGAAAAUGGCAAAAGUACCGAGAUUCACUGGAGUUAUGCCACCAUCCAAUUUGAAGAAGAGAAGUGCCGACGACAGCGAGAAGAAGUCAAAAAGAGUCAGGUUCGCCGAUUGA